AUGUAACCAAAGAAAAAGGGUUCAUUUUUUGACUCUAUCAAAUAAUUUUUUAAUGAUGCUCCAAUUGAUGAGAUUAUCUAUAAUGAAGCAAAUUCUACAAUACCUGCAGAAAUUAAGCAAUCAAAGCAAAGUUCAUAGCAAAGUACAAAAGAAAGAUCUAGUGAUCCUAAUGUUUUUAAAAUUGGUAAUGAAGAUGAAGCUAAUUAAAUUUAUAAUGAUGAAGAAGAGGAUUAGGAAUCACAAGCAAUUGGUGAAAUGCAAAAAGAGUACAAAAUAUUAAUCCUUUAUAAUUUUAAAUAAGUUGGUAAACCAUUAGAUUCUGGGUAUUAGAAAAAAUAAAUCAUAAAUUUUCCUCCAGGUAGUACAUUUAGAGUGAUUAAACCAAUAAAAACUCAUAAAUCAUUAAUGGAUUAUUUAUCUUCUGAAACUGAAAGGUAUUUGGCUUUGGAUGGAGGUUGGAUUUACUUUUUUUAGUUAAUUAGUAAAGAUAAAUACCUAGUUAGUUCAGCGAAUUCUUUAAAUAAUUUAUUCUAAAUAUUAAUUAAGAAAAAUGAAACUAAACCUACAUUUCGAUUAAUUUUUACUACUAAAUAAAUCAAACGAUUUUAUUUAGUUAACACGGAAUAACAAGAUUUACUAUUUCUAAAAUUAAAAACUGAAUGUUAGAAACAUGGAAAAUCAUUUAAUUAUUGA